AUGUCGUUGCAGAGCCCCAGACUUCGACAUUACAGGACCAUGACAGCGAUCUGCUUCGUGUGCAACCUGCCGAUCCUAAGUCAUCAAGUUGGGCUGAUAUGGCAGGGUGGCAACGGCUGGGACGACCUCGUGCGAGAGCAAGUGGAGGAGUCCACUCUGAGGCAACGCCUGGGAACAGGCAGACGAGAUUCCGCGGCACAGAUCACGUCAAUCUCGCCACCUGGCGAAACUCAAGAUUGUUCACCGACGAACCAGCGCCGACGGCGAUCGAGUCUCGCUCAAUUGACUGAUAUUCUGCGGGAAUGGGGUGGCGGAGGUAUUUCUACGAAAAGCAGCCGCGGCAACAAGCUUUGUCGAAGAGAAACCUUGGCGGAUAUCGCCAAAUCGCUACCGUGGUCGCGACAAACUACCACGGACGCCAGCCAUUUGGUCAGCCUGCGAAAAAGGCGGGAGAGUUCGGUCGACAGCGGCAUCCGGAGCCAAGUGUCCAGCAAGUCCAGACGAGAUUCCGCCAUCAGUGACCUUAAGAACGAUAUAGCCAAACUUUGGAGCAAAAAGGAUGUAUUGCUGCAACCACAGCCGCCGCCCACUGUCAUCUCGCCCACGCCACGCCGAGGCUCAGGCGAAUCGAGAAAUUCUCGCCGCGGUUCGGGAGAGAGCGCGAGGUCUAGGAGGGAUUCAGUGAUUACGGGACAAUCUCAGAUACGGGACAGUCCCGGUGAUCGUAAGCACAAUUGUCGUCAUCACAGACGUAGGCAAUCUCAACAAUCUGUCGAUGGAGGUGGUGUCACGCCUACGAAAUAUUAUAGAAAUGAUCAAAGACCAAGCGCUUCCAGUACAGACAGCGCGGGUAGCAAUACAGUUCGAGAACAUCUGGAGGCUCAGAGGAACUCCACGGACAAAAGUGAGAGAUCGAGUAGCAUCGAAGGCAAAACCCAAUCAACAGGUUCCACCAUGAUUGAUACAAAGACGGUGAUGACGACGUCCUUGAUAGUUAAUGGGAAAGGGCCGGUUGUCAUCACAACGACUACCGAUUUGAAGACAAUGUCGCUCAACACUUCGCCAGUGAUGUCCACCUUAUGCCAGACUAUGUCGACCUUAACUGUAGACACAAAACCCGUGAUUGAAAACAAAAUUGGUGUCAGCUUAGACGCAUCCGUGAAUCCACCGACCAUCGUUAUGUCCUCGGUAACACCACCGGCGAUUUCACCGACGGCCGGAAGCAGCCUUCCGCUCCCUGGGACUUCGACUUCCGGUAGCUCCAGUCCAGUCGGCUCCCCGAAUGUCAAUAAUACACCUACGCAUCCGUUACUUUCCACUCGAAGAGACUCGACCACGCAGUGUAAUUUCAAGGGUAAAGAAGUCUCGCCGAGUAAACUGUCGAGGCUAAUACGCCAACAUGCAGCAAUUGAUGAAUCGAUGCCACCCACAGGACGACGUGGUAGCCAACCAACUUUAUCGCCAGAUCCUGAAGAUGGAGGUCGAAAAGCACGGAGGGACUCUUUAAGCCCGGAUUCUGCUUCUUACCUACGACGUCGCGAUUCAAAAAGUCAUCUGAGUCCUGAUAGAAAUGUUGAUAAGAGAGAUAUCAGCCCUAUCAGACAGAGAAAGAGUCGAUUAAGAAGACAGUCCACCUCAAUUGCUGGUCGGCCAUCACGUUCGCCGGACAGUUCUUCGUGUUCGUCCAGAGAGCCCAGUCCUUGCGCUCGCGCACCCGGUAAUAUUCACCAUGCGCCGAUAAUUCGACGGCAAUCCACCACGGAGGAGAUCCUGAUAGCGCGCGGUUUUCGACGGCAGAGUACCACCGAAGAAAUGAUACGAUGCCGUAAUUUUAGACGCCAGAGCUCUCAGAGCGACGAUACGGUUCAGAGAUCUCGCGGACGAAGAAACAGCUCGGCUCAAAUCACGGAUGGUACUUUCGCAUCGAUGACAGUUGAAACAUCUAGCACUUUAUUUGACAGCAGCACCCAGACUGAACCGUCGCCGUUGUACGACAACAACCACUACCACGAGGAGUGCCUAAAAUGUAACAGCUGCGGCCUGAAUCUCACGGGACCCAAUCAAAAGCGGGCGAGACGAUUCAAGAAUCAGAUACUUUGCGAUCUGCACUUUGCCGACGUGGCGCUGAUGGAGUGCUCGGACUUCAUGCAGCAGUUGCGCAGCUUCAAACCACAAAGUUUAGGCUGUGCAGUUGCGAGAAGAAAAUCUUCGACCACCCUGAUCUUUCCAUUGCCACCUCAGGCGUGCUCUGACGAGUUCUGUCAAGAGUUCCCGCACAACUUGAUACCAACACCCGGCUACUGGAUCGAAUGCUCGCGACAACAGAUCACGUCGGACACAAUCUGGGACGAAAGUGAGAGCGAACAUGAGGCUACCGAUCCUGAACAAGCGGAAGGACAGAGUACGGAGGAUCGUUCGUCGAUAUUGAGACGGCAGGAUAAGACUUCUUGUUUGUUCGAAGCGGAAAAUGAAGGUGAUACGGAUGAUCCGCCUCGAAAGAAGACUACCAUCGAGGAGCAAUGGGAAAAGAAUCAGGGUUUCGAGCUCACCUCCGUCGAACAAGAGACCUAUGAGAAAUAUUUCUAUGGCUCGGAACAUUGGAAUUAUUUUACAAACGAUGAAGAUCUGGGACCGGUGAUACUCAGCAUUAAACAAGAGACGCUUAAUAAUCGUGACCAAUUCAGGAUUUUAGUCAGAGCCAUCAGUUACACGGUUCAUGGCCUUAUUCCUGCCAGUUGCGUCUUUGCUGACCGAUAUAAUCGAGAAGAAGUGGUACGAAGUCUCGGUAAGGAGGUGAACAUCAAUCCACCGUUAACCCUGGGCCAAUUACCAGAUACGCCCGAAGAACUUCUGAAGCUCGAUCAAGUUUUUAUCAAGUCCGAGCUGAAGGUGGGGAUGAUUUAUGUUCAGGAAGGGCAAUAUAACGAGGAAGAGAUACUCGAUAACAAUGAUAAUUCGCUGCUCUUCGAGGAAUUCCUGCAGAUUCUCGGGGACAAGAUUAGGUUGAAGGGAUUCGACAAGUACAAAGGUGGUCUCGACACCGUACACGAUUUGACGGGCCUAUAUUCUGUCUACACCAACUGGAGGGGCAUCGAGAUAAUGUUUCACGUGUCCACCUUAUUGCCUUACGAGAAACACGAUCCUCAAAAACUUCAAAGAAAAAGACACAUUGGCAAUGAUAUAGUGUGUGUCGUAUUUUUGGAAGCCGACAACACGAGUUUCAGUCCAGCUUGCAUCAAAUCGCACUUUUUGCACACAUUUAUCUUGGUGCGAGUGAGUCCACGGAUAAAGCGAAAAAUCACGAGAUAUGAGGUAUCCGUAGUUACAAGGGAUGAAGUUGGGGCCUACAAACCGUAUCUAUGGGAGCAAAGUGUCUUUGAAAAAGGUCCAAUGUUCCGAGAAUGGAUAUUAACGAAAAUUGUGAAUGGCGAAAGGGCGAGUUAUUCUGCACCAAAAUUCGCAAGGAUGCAGGAACGAACGAGAAGUCAAAUGUUGGAAGAUAUCGUAGCAAAUCUCGCUAAUCACGCGGAAACAGGCCAGAUUCCGAAACCAUAUAGACGAGGUUCUUGGCGACCGAUUGGACACAUGAGACCGUCUUCACCACUGUUGGAUUCAGUACGAGAUCAAUUCGAAGAUUAUGAUCAACUAGCAAAAGAUUUCACCAGAGUGUUCCUCAAUAAUUCAGCAAAUGUGACGUUAAAUACUAGUCUUUUUGACGUGUCUUUCCUCGUGCCGGGACAUCAAAAACAAAAAGUCCGAUUCAUCGGUGUUAGGGCGAUUCUAGCAGUAAGAAGCAGAGUGUUUCAAGAAAUGUUAUACGGAAUUCAAGCGGGCUUCGGAAGCCCGCAAGUACCGGUUGCUGAGCUACUCGCAAGACCAGCACCAACAUUGCUUAGCCCGCAGAAGCCGAAGAGCUCGAAUUUCCUACAAGUUCCUGACAUGGAAAGUCCUAGGCCCAAAAGUGUCCCUUCAUCGCCAAUGGUGAAACGGGCCUUCUCACGACUGGGAACGAUCACAGCAGGAUGGGGAAGGAGUAUUAGAAAGCAUGGCAGCACUUUGCAGAGCGAGGAUCGAAAGCGAUGGGCCAGCUCGCAGGAUUGUAGUAAUAAAGAAGCUAAAGACAAGGAUAAAGCCCAGUCAUUGGCAGUGCCCCGACUCAGUGUUUGCGCGGACGCGCAGAAAGUAGAUAGAGCCAAACUAGCACAGACCGAGUUUGACAUCAUCGAGUUCGAUCCAGAGACUUUCCGAAUUUUGCUGGACUAUCUGCAUACUGGAUCCUGUCCGCUGACGUGCAGCAACAUACCUGGUCUGAUAUGCGCCGCGGAGCACUAUGACCUGCCAGAACUUCUUCAGGCAUGCUUUCAUCAUGCCAAACAAUUUUUAAGGGUCGAGAUUGUCUGCGUAAUGUUAUGCGCCCUCGAGAAUUAUUACUGGCGUUACACGUCCGCUUCAGAGUUAGUCAACAUGAUCCUCGCAUUUAUCGAGACACGGGCUGAAUUGCUCUUUAAUCAUCCGGACUUUGUCACUCUGAGUGAAUCGAUGGUACAGAUGAUCAUGUGUCGUGGCCUUGAAUUGCCGGAGGUCAAGAAAUUCGAAGCAAUGCUGAACUGGGCAAAACACAGAAUCAAAACUAAAUCGACUAAGAUCGAUGCCAAAGUGGAGUUCAAGUGUAUCAUGGACAGGCUCAGCAGGGAUCUCAAGUUACAUAAGAUAACACCCCAGGAACUAAUUAGGAUCGUAUUACCAUCGAAAGUUAUUAAGAACGAGAGAAUCCUAGAAACUCUAAUGUAUCAAGCAAAUUCAGGCAUAUACAGAAACAUCGACAGCUGUUUGGAGGCAUAUCAGAAGAAUCUACAGGAUCAAGAAAGUUUUGAUUGUGGACUAUGAAAGUUAACCAACACGCGAAA